GGUCUUUCCUGGUGAACACAUCUCCCUCUGCUCCCAAGAUGGCCGCGAAAGGUUUGCUGCUGGUGUUCGCCCUCGCUUCCGUCGCCUCCCUGACCUACGCUAAGGAAGGGAAGGUGACUCUCGAGUCUGACUCCCUCAUCUUACCGGUGGACUUCGAGGUCCAUGAGGUCCUGCUCAAUAUUGGCUUCGGACUGAUGGCCAUAGUCGCAAUCGCCUUCUUCGUGUUCGGAAUCGGAGGCGGCAAUGCGCUCGGGAAGCUGUAUUAUCCUCAGUUUGCCCCUCAGUAUCAUCCUGCAAUGAAGUAUCCUCCUGCGAUGCAGUAUCCUUACGAUAGAACAUUCGCUGUCCACCAUUCCAUCGACGAGGCGACGAAGAAAUACCAAUAGAAAACGGAGGGCGGAAGGAGAGCAUAAAGAAAACGGAGAUCCAA